CAGCCGCCCUAGCAGGUGGAACAGGUUGAUCCUGACGAGGUAGACACGCCCACUUUCUGGUCUGUGAGCUGUGGAUAAAGAACCUCACCUGUCGGAACGCAAACAAGCACACACACAAAGACGCUCAAGAUGGAUAAAAUGGCAUCAUUUCUCGGAGACAAAGCUGGUGACUUUGUGGAAGGCAUGGUGAAGAACGCCCUUGGUGUAGAGGACAAGGACAAAGACAAGGACAGAGGGGGAGGGGGCUUUAUGUCCAUGUUUGGAGGAGGCAGGAGGGAUGACGACCGGAGGGAUGACGACAGGGACAAGAAGAAAGACGACGACGACGACAAGGGAAGCUUCUUCUCCAAAUUUCUUGACCGAGACGACGAUGACAGGAAGCAGAAGCCAUCAGGCUUUCAUGGACUGUUCAACGAGCAGGACGGCCAGAGAGGACCAGGCGGAGGACCAGGCGCCGGUCUAAGUGGCGGAGGACCAGGCGCCGGUCUAAGUGGCGGAGGACCAGGCGCCGGUCUAAGUGGCGGAGGACCAGGCGCCGGUCUAAGUGGCGGAGGACCAGGCGCCGGACUAAGUGACGGAGAUCUGUUUGACGACCUGAUGAGCGUGGCAGAAGAAACCUCCAAUAAAUAACCGUCUCCAGCUGACUGAAAAGCACAUAUCCUUGGACAGACUUCUUCUUCGUGUGGUCUUUGACAGUCCAGCUAAGCUGCGCUAAAAAUAACACAAUUGACCACCAUAGGGUAUCCUAUCGAGACAUUGUAGCUUAGCAUAGAGUAAAAGUGCCUCAGCUUUGAUGUUUUUUUUACAUCUGGACACUGACGGAUCAAUUUGAAUGUUAUACUUUUGUAAAUGAUGGAAUUCUAAAUAUAGUGCACACAUUUAAAACUU